AUGAAUUCUCAGCGAAGCAGACCAAUUCUCAUCUCCGAUUUUGCCCAUUCUGAACCGUCUGAUCAUUCUGAUAUUCCUGAUCCAACGAGAGAGGACAAACAAAAAAGAUGGGAUUUUUAUCUUCUUCUCCUCUUCUCCUUCGUUUUCUUCUGGUCCUCACCGCCGCGGUGGCCGGUGGCGCCGCCACCAUCUCCCUUGGUUCCACCCUCAGACCCGGCGACACAAACCGUUUGGACCUCCGACAAUCAAUCCUUCUCUCUGAGCUUCAUCCCUUACAAAAAGAACUCCUCUUUGUUCCUCGUCGCCAUCAAUUACACCGGCGGGAUACCCGUCUGGUCUCCGACGCCCGUCCCUACCGACGCCGCCUCCUCCUUCUCCCUCCUCUCCAACGGUAACCUCCAGCUCGUCACCGGCUCUAGAUCCAUUCUUUGGCAAUCCAACACCACCAACCUCAACGUCUCCUCCGGCUCCCUCACCGAAUCCGGCGAGCUUAAACUCCUCUCCAGCUCCUCCUCCUCCUCUUCUGUCUGGUCCUCUUUCAGUCACCCCUCCGACACCGUUCUUGAGAACCAAAACUUCACCGUCAGCAACACUCUUAUCUCCGGCAACUACUCCUUCUCCCUCACCUCCAAAGGCAACCUCACUCUCCAAUGGAACAACUCCUUGUUAUACUAUAACAAAGGGCUCAACUCCUCCUUCGCCGAGAACAAGACUUUAAUUUCCCCAACUCUCGUCCUCCAGAACAACGGCAUCCUCAACCUUGUGGACGCCGCCCUUCCUUCCUCCGCCGUCAUCGCCUACAGCAGCGACUACGGCGAGAGCGGUGACAUGCUGCGCUUCUUCCGUCUUGAUGACGACGGCAAUCUCCGCGCUUACAGCUCCCCGAAAGGCAGCGGCGUUGCCAACGACCGCUGGGCUGCUGUCUCUGACCAAUGUGAAGUCUUUGGCUGGUGUGGCAACAUGGGCGUUUGCAGCUACAAUGAUUCAUCUCCCAUUUGUGGUUGCCCUUCUGAGAAUUUCGUCUUCUCUGAUCCUAAUGAUCAUACACAAGGAUGCAAGCGAAUUACAGAGAUUCAGGAUUGUCCUGGGAAUUCAACUAUGUUGCAGUUGGAUCAUACUCAGUUCUUGACUUACCCUCCUGAGUUAUCAACUGAGGAGUUCUUUGUUGGCAUUACUGCUUGCAGGUUGAAUUGUUUGUCAGGGAGUUCUUGUGUUGCUUCUACUUCUCUUGCUGAUGGCUCUGGCCUUUGUUAUCUGAAGGUGUCGAAUUUUGUCAGUGGAUACCAUUCCCCGUCGCUUCCGAGCACUUCUUUUGUCAAGGUGUGCGCUCCGGCAGCACCUAACCAGCCGCCACCGGCGCCUGAUCAAUCGGGGAAUGGUUCUUCGGGGAUGAGUGAUGGAGUAGUGGCUGGUGUUGUUAUUGGUGUUAUACUUGGUUUGGUGGUAUUGGAAGUAGCAUUGUGGUGGUGUUUUUGUAGGAACAAUGCCAAAUUUGGAUCAACAUCUGCUCAGUAUGCUCUUCUUGAGUAUGCUUCUGGUGCUCCUGUUCAGUUUUCUUACAAGGAGCUGCAAAGAUCAACCAAGGGAUUUAAGGAGAAGCUCGGUGCCGGAGGAUUUGGAGCUGUUUAUAGAGGAGUUCUUGUGAAUCGAACAGUAGUUGCCGUGAAACAGCUCGAGGGGAUUGAACAAGGUGAAAAACAAUUCCGAAUGGAGGUUGCCACUAUCAGCAGCACACAUCACUUGAAUCUUGUAAGGUUGAUUGGGUUCUGUUCAGAAGGCCGGCACAGGCUGUUGGUUUAUGAGUUUAUGAAGAAUAGCUCAUUGGAUAACUUCCUUUUCUCCGGUGAGUCAUCAGGGAAGUUGAAUUGGGCAGCACGGUUUAGUAUUGCUGUCGGUACUGCAAGAGGGAUUACCUAUCUUCAUGAAGAAUGUAGAGAUUGCAUAGUGCAUUGUGAUAUCAAACCAGAGAACAUUCUUCUUGAUGAGAACUACAAUGCAAAAGUCUCUGAUUUUGGUCUCGCGAAGCUUGUUAAUCCUAAAGAUCACAGGCAUCGAACUCUGACAAGUGUGAGAGGUACUCGAGGUUACUUAGCCCCUGAAUGGCUUGCAAAUCUCCCGGUAACAUCAAAGUCUGAUGUUUACAGCUAUGGGAUGGUGUUGCUCGAAAUUGUGAGUGGGCGAAGAAACUUUGAUGUGUCAGAGGAGACAGGCAGGAAGAAAUUCUCAACUUGGGCGUACGAAGAAUUUGAGAAAGGAAAUAUCGGAAGUAUCAUCGAUAAGAGGUUAGCUGAACAGGACAUCGACAUGGAGCAAGCAGAGAGAGCAAUUCAGGUGAGCUUUUGGUGCAUUCAAGAGCAACCUUCAAUGAGGCCAUCCAUGGGAAAAGUGGUGCAAAUGCUUGAAGGCAUUACUGAAAUUGACAGGCCUCCAUCUCUAAAAGUGUCCGAAAUUUCACUGAGUAUGACCAGUGGCAACUCAAGUGUCAGUGGUGCCUCUAAGUUUGCUGCUUCGGCGACGGUUUCAUCUUCCGGGGGUUCUUUUCAAGCCACCAAAGCAGUAUCAUCAGUUUCUGCAAGAGACUUAGAGAAGACAUCGUCAUCCUUGCUUGUUUCCGAUCGCUUGUCUGCAUAAAUUUGCUUUUAUGUGUAUAUAUUUUCUUCUCAAUGUGGAAGAACGUCAGGAAGGUAUACUUGUUUCCUGUUACUGUUGCAUUCUCUAGUUUGAUUGAUUCUAGUUGUGAGAAUUAGUCACUGCAUAAAUUCACACCUCUGUUUUAUA